GUCUUAUUAUUAAAGCGUCAGAGUUCCUUAUACCACGUUAUCAGUUGCACUGCGGUUUAUUUAAGGUCUAACCAUUCCAUGGUUAGUGUGAUUUUAACGUUUGUGUGGUGCUGACCAGUGUAAAAUGCUUUAAAAAUAUGUAUUUAUUUUAUGUUUUAUUUUUCUGCUUUGUUAGUGGUGGUGUUAUUAAAAAUGAUCUGUUUCCGUUAAAUAUAGUGCAUUAUAAUGAUUUUCAUGCUAGAUUUGAAGAGACAUCUGUGAACUACCCGGUAUGUAAAGUAAACGACACAAGCUGCCUCGGCGGCUUCCCUCGUCUGUACCAGGAGAUCAAAACCUUACUCAAGCAGUACCCUGAUGCUCUACUUCUAAAUGCCGGAGACGUCUACCAGGGUACCUACUGGUACACCUUCUUCAAAUGGAAUGUCACCGUGGAAUUCAUUAAUAUGCUUCCCAAUGAUGCUCAUGCGAUAGGAAACCAUGAGUUCGACGACUCCAUUGUUGGGCUGGUGCCAUACUUACAACGUCUUAAGGGGCCUGUCCUGGCCGCCAACCUGGAUACCAGCUUAGAGCCGUCGCUCUCAGGGCUGUACAAGCCUCACGUGGUGGUAGAACGGCAUGGUAGGAAGAUUGGGAUCAUUGGAUUGAUUACCACUUCUACUAAGACAUCUUCAAACCCGGGCGAGGUUAUAUUUCUGGACCCCAUACCAAUAGUUCAGAGAGAAGCACAGUUAUUGACCGAUCAAGGCGUCGAUAUAAUAAUAGUUCUGUCUCAUUGCGGAUUGGAUGUUGACAUACAAAUAGCAAAGACCGUGGGAGAGAACAUUGAUGUCAUAGUGGGCGGGCACACCCACAGUCUUCUGUGGAAUGGAACGUCUCCAAGCAACGAGACUAUAUCCGGGCCUUACCCAAUCACGGUCGAACAUGAAAAUGGCCACAAGGUGCUUAUAGUUACAGCGUCUGCGUUUACAAAAUACUUAGGAAACAUAACAGUUUACUUCGACGCCAGUGGGAAUGUCCAAAUGUUUGACGCGACACCUAUAUUUUUAAACCGGUCGAUACCUGAAGAUCCAGAAAUAAAAAAUCUUCUGCAACCGUACUCUCAGUAUAUCCAUAACAUGAUAGAAGAAGUGAUUGGGAAGAGCAACGACUAUCUACCAGACGAGGGUUGCGCGUCUCAGGAAUGCGCAAUUGGGAAUCUCGUAGCUGAUGCGUUUUUGGAAGAGAGUAGGUUGAAAAAACCAAGCAAUUUAACAACUGUAGCAUUACUUGUGAGGAAUAAUGUUCGAGCAUCGUUGCCUAAAGGAGAUAUAAUACGAGGGGCAGUGAUAAACAUAUUACCAUUUACAAAUAAUGUGGUUUCCUUUGAAAUACGAGGGAAGUAUAUUCUAGAAGCUCUGAAGCAUUGUAUUGAACCUUAUUGGAACAUCCAUCCGUAUGCUGGGCCCUUGUUACCUCAAGUUUCAGGUUUACGAGUGGCAUUAAACACAACAGAACCACGCCAAGUAGUAUCAGUUGAAGUGAAGGAAGGCGAUCAAUACAAGCCGUUACAAAUGGAGCAGAUGUACCAGGUAGUGACUCUGGACUUCCUCAGGAGAGGACGAAGCGGGUUCAAGAUGUUCAAAGACCACGGAAAAAAUUCAAUGUCACACAGAAAAGAUGCCGUCGUUGUUGAAAAUUAUAUCAAAGCAAUCACACCAAUUACACCGUCAGACUUAAUACAAAAUAGACUAAUUAUAAUGAAUUAAUUUUAAUAGUUAAUAUAUGUUGUUGAUACUUUUUAUAAAUGAUAAAUUAUUUAA